CGGAAGCCACGUAACGUCCGGUCCCGCCCCCGGCGGAGGGGAGAGACGCCAUGCGAGGCCGACUGCUUCACUCGCCUCCGGUGGACCUGCGACGCUCUCGUCGCCCGCCCCUGGGACGCAUCGGCCUUUGGCCGGAGCCGGAAGAGGAGAGUAGCCGGACGGAUCCGCCCGCCCUCUUUCCCGAGACGGAGGGGCCCCACCCUCGGCCCUACCUUCCCACCGCCGAAGUGGACCUGCGACCCGCCCCCCGACAGGAGGCGUGGAAAGAGGUGGUGGAAGAUCCGGUCGUGGCCUACGACGUUCUGGAAGAUCUUCUGGACCGAGUGCUGGAUUCCGACACCCUGACUCGAGUGGCGCUGGAAGCUUGGACCGAAGCUCGAUCUGGAAGAUUUCCCUCUCGGAGUUCGGGACGGAGGACGGAAGAACCCGGCUUCUUCGUACGGUGUCCCGUCCACGGACCCAGGUUCCUGUGAAGGCUUCUAGCGGGAACAUUCCCUACCGCUAACCGCGACGGAAAUAAAACCGGUUGGAUUAAAAUCGACGGACGGUUUAUCGAGUGGCGGCGGCGAUCUCCGUCCAAAGUCAUCUUAAAAAUAACAUAGAAAUGGAAGGACUGUUUUUCCGUCGGCGAUCGGACGAACGCCAUAUUUCGCGGCGCGCGUCACUCGUCGGUUUCAUUUCGAACUAGCGUAGGUAGACGGGGGCCCGGUAGACGGCCACGCGAAACUUUAUUUCGUACGAAAGUAUUUAAAAAGAAAAAAGUAGAAGUGGGCGACGCGAGGUACGUAACUGGGCUUUCUUUUUCUCAUUUCCGUCUUUAUAAAAUUGGGCGAAGCGUCCCCAAUUCCAAACUUACCUCAGGUCCCUAAACGAGAAAUAGUAAUACGGUGAAACUUCCGUUAACGGAUACACCCGAAUCGCGGAUACCUCUAAUGAUCUGGCAGUUUUACAAUCCCCGGGCCCUUCAAAUAGGACAUUUAUUAUAUUUUCCUGUAAAUCACGGACGCCGUCGUCCAUGUCCAACCCUAAGUCCCGCCUUCAAUAUUCCCUAAGAACUAAUUACCUACGAAAUAUUUUUAAACUAAAAGAAUCGGUUCAAAUACUCUUUCGGGGGACGAAUUUCGACCGCGGGUGUCGAAUAAAAACGCCGAAAAUGGGAAUGGGGAGGAGGGCGGGUUGUAAAAAGCCGAACAAUACUCUUUAUCUGUUGGAAAACACUAAUCCGGUUAAGUUGUCAAUCGUCACAUAUCAUCAUACAUAUUAUUAAACGUGCCGUAUUGUUGGAAUUAAGCUUACGGUACCGAGAAACCGUAAAGUUUUCCCGCAUUAUUCAUUCAUCCGACAAGAACAGCAGUAACGAAAAGAAACUUAAAGCGGUUACGACGACAGCGCCUAUGGUAAUGAAAGUUCAAAGGUGGUGUUUACGAAGGAGAUUUGCGGGCCACUUUAAAGGGAGAGAAGAUAUUCGGUAUUCUGGCAUUUACGAUCUUAACUGCUUUGAGGUGGCUCGGGUGUAAUCUUUUUAUAAAUCUAUGAAAUAAAGUAAAGAUGUUGGAAAAAUUACAGUACUCGUCAACUACAAAGCGGACAAAUCCCUACAAGGAAUUUUAUUAAUCGCUUAGAUCGUAAAUGAUAUUAUAAAUGCGAGAAUAUCGAACACCUUUCCCACUCCCGGAAGUGGCUA